AGUAACUUGGUUCUGGUGCGCAGGCUACAGCUGUCCUACCGUAUGGAGCCCGCAGGCUCUCAAGGGGUCUGGGCUCUUGAUGACCAUCAGUUCUUGCCCUUCAUAUGGGGAUCUGCACAGCUUGUUGGCCACCCAAGAAUUCAGCCAAAAUCUUUUAUAAAGUCAGAAAUCUAUGAACAUUUUGCAAAAGACUACAUGUUUCUAAGCUGUAUAAAGUACAUUAAUGAGGUGAAAACAGGUCCUUUUGCAGAGCAUUCAAACCAGCUUUGGAACAUAAGUGCCGUCCCCAACUGGGAAAAAGUCAACGCUGGUCUCGUGAAAAUGUACAAGGCAGAGGUAUUGGCAAAAUUUCCAGUGAUCCAACAUUUCUGGUUUGGCAGUUUGCUAAGUAUCCGCCCUGCCACAUGAUGCAUCAUACAGACAUGUGCUUGAACCCUUACCUUCUUAAUGCUGCUUCCGUAUUGCUCACCCAGUUGCCCAUAAAAUGGACGCUUCCAAUAAAUUAGAAUUAAAAUCAAUUAAGCGCUAAAAUAUUAUGAAAUUAAUGCAUUCGGACAUUGAGUGUUUAAGGGUUAAAAUAUUUUAUACAAAAGAGCGUGUGCAUUUUG